AUGGCAGAUCUCUUCUCGUGUGAGGAAGAACAAGAACCACAACCGCUGAAGAAGAACGUAAGAGAAUCCAAACAGAGGGACAAGGCUGAGGAAGAUGAUGACCUGAUCUUUGUUGGGGUGGAACAUGUAAAUAAAGACCCUGAAAUUCUCUUUGUCAGGAUGAUUUCAAAUCCAAAACCCAUCAUUUCAAACAUUUUGAACAGAGUCACCCCGGGCUCAAAGAGAAAGAGAAGCCACCUCCGUCAAGAUCCUGUUCAAGAGUCGCAACCUGCAAAUCACACGGCCCCUACAGCACAAGCUGUGGCGCCAGUUUCCCAGUCGGAGUGGAGAUCAACAGAUGGUCCUGUUACUAUUGAGUCUUCACCUAACCCUGGCUGCGAAAUGAGCUCACCACAAGUUCUUCCUGACAAUUCCUCGGCUUUGCUCUCCCCAAGGAUUCAGCGUCUAGUUGGAGCUGUGCUCUCUGCAGGAGGCAGAGAUGUGAGUCCUUGUGAUUCCAAACAACUUUCCACUUCAGAUAUAAAUAGCAGGAAUCCCCAAAGGGCUAAAUUCAGGGAUGGAAUCCCAGGGGUACAUUCUUUAGCUGUGGUUCCCUCAGGUCUCCCUCCCAUAAUGCCAAGUACACCCUCACAGGUUGCCUGUAGCACAUCAAGCUGUGUUCCGAAUGGAGCAUCAUUUCCUUGGGCUGAUGAUAACAAAAAGUCACAUAUCAAUCUUAUGGAUGGAGCAAAUGGUUCUGAAGGACUGGUAAUAACAGACUUUUCAACUCUAGCAAGUCAAAACCAGACCCUUGACCCCGAGAAAGGAAAUCUGAUCAUGUUACUUAGUGACUUUUACUACGGACAGCAUAAAGGAGACGGGACGCCAGAGCAGAAGACUCACACAAUCUUUAAAUGCCACAGCUGCUUGAAAGUUCUAAAAAAUGUUAAGUUUAUGAAUCACGUGAAGCACCAUUUGGAACUCGAGAGGCAGAGGAGUGACAGCUGGGAAAACCACACCACCUGCCAGCACUGCCACCGGCAGUUUCCCACUCCCUUCCAGCUGCAGUGUCAUAUUGAAAGUGUGCACACUACCCAGGAGCCCGCAGCUGUCUGUAAAAUCUGUGAACUGUCAUUUGAAACAGAUCAGGUCCUCCUACAACACAUGAAGGACAAUCAUAAGCCUGGGGAAAUGCCCUACGUGUGCCAGAUUUGCAAUUACAGAUCGUCGGCCUUUGCUGAUGUGGAAGCACAUUUUAGAACGUGCCACGAAAACACUAAAACUUUGCUUUGUCUGUUUUGUUUCAAGAUUUUCAAAACUGCAACAGGAUACAUAAAUCACUGUUGGAGGCACUGGAACGAGAAAGUCUUUCGAUGUCCCAAGUGCCGACUACAGUUUUUGACUUUGAAGGAGGAAAUCGAGCACAGAUCCAAGAAUCAUCAAACAUUUAAAAAGCCAGAGCAGAUGCAAGGGUUGCCUCCUGCAACGAAAGUCAUUAUUCAAACUUCAGUUCGAUCAGUAUCAAGAGAUGCAGCUUCCAUUACUGUGAGCAACACUGACCUUGGCCUGUCACCUGUCACCUAG